AUGUUUUUUGCACUGAUCAAUCUUGUGCUUGCUCUGACCCAUCCGACUCAAUAUCGCGCCGGACGGACAGCACUUAAAGUGUGCAAACGGUUUCACACCAUGGCAGAAUGUGCCAGCCUGUGGGAGUCGGUCUUCACUGCAAUUGGGGUAAUAUCCAAUCGGAUCACUGCCCCACACAAGGAUUGCCUCGGAUGUCUUCCCUGGUUUGAUAUUCUAUACACAGUUGGCGACUACGACAACGGUGUUCUGGACAUGCCCGGCAUUGGCAUACAAUUUUCCUAUGCGCCCGGAUGUCUGGUUGCACUGUGCGGCAAGGUACUUCGGCACCAAGUUCGAAAAGUACAUGGGAAUAGGGUGUGUUGUGUAUUUUAUAUGCGGGAGAAUGUGCACCGCUGGCUGGGUUCGCCACCACCAUCUUAUUCACGUUCAUGA